AACCAAACUGACACUUUUUAUUCUGGCAAAACAGUUUUCUACGUUAGUAAUACUGCUGCCUUGAGGCUUUGUUCCUUAAAUACUUGCUAUGAACAAUCAAGGCAAAUGGACUCACACAGACACAGUUCAAGCAGCCACACUGGUUCGAGGGCAGCGAUGAGUCAUCCAUUUGUGGUAGACAUUCACAGAGUGACUCAUCACUUUCCUAAUCGUGUAAUUUUGUAGCAGCGUCCACGAAUUGAGUAUCAAUUCAGAUGAAGUACUUAUUUAAACUGGGUAAUACUAAUUAAGUUGGACUCACAAACACUCCUUCAUCAGCCAUCUCUCACGGUCCAUUCCUUGUUCCUAGUUGCAGGCAGAAUUUGGACGGCCCACGGGCUGUGAGUUUGAGACUCCUGUUCUAAACCGUACCCUGAAAGUAUGUUACAACAGCAAUUCAUUCAUGUCUUCUCGACCUGGACCAUGAAGUGAUUUGUAGACCAGUAGCUGAAUUUUCCGGUCUGUUCUAUAGCUGCCUGGGAACCAGUGUCAGUCGCUCAGACUUAAAUUCCAAACCAGCAUCUGGUAUCAGUGGGAUUUACAGGCACGUAGAGGACUUAAUUCAAGGAAUGAAUUCAACGAAAUUGUCUAGUAAUGAAAUUGUAAAGCGUGUACUUGACAUCAGAUGAGGGAUUGUGGCAGCGAGUGUCAUAUUUUCUAUGAUCAGAUCAAACUGGUGCUGUUUUAUUAACCUUUGCAGAGAAAACGCAAAAACCAAACAAACAAAGAGUCAUUGAAAAAGUACUUGAAUCAAUCACGUCCUUUGAUCCUUUGAAGCUUUCACACUUGGAGGAGUGUAAAGAGGAAGGGAGCGCGGUACUCAAUGGGUUCAAGUAUAAAGUUAAUAGGUUUCCUAAUGAAAUGUACUGAAAUACGUAAGAGAUGAGCUGAAAAAACAAAAGAUGAUAUUAGACAAAUCCACAGCAUUUGAAAAUGACCCUGUGAUACGGUAUUAGCGACGAUUAGCUUGAUGACUCCUCCCUCCUAUCCACUCCUCGUCAUCCUUCUCCUCCUGAUUCAGGAGGUGUGUAGCUACGAGGCACCAGAGGAAGAGGUUGACGUGUUUGAAAGGAAGGCGUGUCCUGCGUUUUUGACCUUUAUCAACGUCGCCUACUUGGCUGGAGUCACGGUGGAGCUGCCCUGUCACUGCAAACCUAAGCAGAUCCAAUCAGUUGUUUGGUUCUACAGAACACGUGUGGACAGCUUUGAGGAAACCAGAGCCCUGACUGAUCACCAUGGCAACAAGCUGCUGGACACCAGUAAGGUCCCUCACAGUGGAGACCUGCGGAGUCGAUUCUCCAUCCGGCUUUUCAGACUGAUGAUCUUCAGGGCGGGGAGUGCCGACUCUGGACUCUACCUCUGCGGUUCUGCCCAUAAAGACUUCUUCUAUGCGUACGAUGUGGACAUCCAGGAGGCACGGAGGCUCAGCUUUAGCCCCAGCCUUACAAAAUUAACUAGCGACAAUACGACUGAGAAACCGAGGAUCAUCUCCACCAAGUCCAUGUACCAGGUCUUCACCCACUUCCGUCCGUGGUCGGUGUGUGAUCGCUGUGGUGUCCCAGGGGAACAGGUCCGUGCGGGCCUCUGCUACGUCCACUCCAAAUACCUGCAUGUACGCUACAGACAGACCAAUCAGACGGCUGCCUCCUGUGGAUCGGGGGCGGUGCCAAUGGCUUUUGGCAGCCUCAAGCAUGGCCAGGUGGAAGCCGGGUUGGAGGUUAAAAGCUGCCAGGUGACCUGCUCCAAUCAAACAUCCUCCACCUCAAAACUCUCCACCGUGAUGAAGUUUCUUGGUUUCGGUUCCUCAUCGGACCUGGAGUUACCAGUGUUCUUCCUUAACCAUCCAGAAGAUUCUGUUCUGACCAUGGGUUGCCCCGGAGCACAAGCAGACAUGGCAGUAGCCUGGGAUCGAGGGUCUGAGCCCAUAUAUCGGUCCAAACAUUUGUCAGGCGGUAACCUGGGACCUCAGUCUUCCAGGCUGCAGAUAGACACCGGACAUCACCUGUUGUUCAAACCUGCACAAACCGAGGAUUCAGGUGUUUACUACUGCUGGAUUCAGGGUCGGCCGGCUGCUCGGAUAAAUCUACUGGUUCACGUCCGAUUGGGGAAGCGCCGGUCAGUGAUGUCACACCCAGAAUUUCCCAGAGCUGUCAAGACCGUGCUAAUAUCGUACGCUGUCAUGGUUGGUGUGUUUUUGUUGCUGGUUUUGGGCAGAGCCGUGAUGAGGCACAGACGAGACUCUACAGUAAAUCAUUUGGAUUAAACACAAACAGUACAUGUAGGUGCAAUAUAUUUGACAGUCGGGUGGCUGAGGCAAGUGAGCGAUCAUCAACCCUUAAAGUUUCCAUUUGGCUUACAUUUUCCUGAUAAUGGUUAUUCGAACACAUUGUUUAUUCUUGCAUAGCAUUUGUAAGGUUAUUUUGAGCAUUUUAGAGAAGAGGCUUCUAACAGGUAGCCUGUGAUCAGUGGGAUGGUGAAAAACAUGAAGCUGUCAUCCUAUCACCUGGGAUAAAAGUACAGCCAGAGUCAAACUCUUUGCCAUCACCUGACCUCGUUCACACAUAUAAACUUCACACAGCACAUGUUCACAUACUCCAUACUCCACAGCAGGCCACAUGCUGGUUCGGUGUGGUUUGUAAUGAAGUGUCACACCUGGAUAUUGAAGCACCUGCAGGUGUUGAAGUGUCACUUGAAAACCUCGGUGCAGCCCAAGAAGAGCAGCAGGGAGAAGAUCCAGGUUCUCUUCAGACCCAGACAUCAGGUGGCUCCUCAUUAAGUUGUCUUUCCAAACCUGAGAGCCGCAGGGAUAAGCACCCCGACACCUCCUCCAGCUGUGGCCUCCUCUUCGUUCUCCUCCUCACCUCAUCCUCUCUCCAUUUCCUGCACCGUGGGUCUGCGCUGACCCAGUCGUGGCCUCCGGCGAUCGCACAGUGGAUUCACUGAAAGAUGAGACGACCUGUAGGUGGCUGAGACGGACAAACACAUUUUAUGUUUUUAAUUAAU